CACUUCCCUCCCCAUAUCCCUUCCGCCCUGCGUGAUUCUACCUCCUUCCACCUCCCCCUCCCAGCCAACCGGGACAUCGCGCCAGCGUCGGCAGCGCACGUGGCGCUACAAGGCACUUCUCUAGCCUCGUCAGACAGAGGGUCCCAUCCGCCCCUUAAUUAUUCACCCCUCCCCUCCCGCAUCCCCCUCCCUCGCUCCCCUUCUUUCGCAGCCUUGCUGCUGCCUUUGCGCCCGUCGUCGCCCGCGCCUUCCCCCCGCGACCUCGUCGUCGCCUCCGCGCCCGCGUCGCCCCGGCCUCGUCAGCCGCCGCCGCCCGCGCUGCUCCCCUCCGCGGCCUCGUCGCCGCCUCCGCGCCUGCGUCCGCCGCGGCCUCGCCAGCCGCCGCCACCCCGCUCCCCUCCGCGGCCUCGACGCCGCCUCCGCGCCCGCGACGCCGCGGCCUCGUCAGCCGCCGCCGCCCGCGCCGCUCCCCUCCGCGGCCUCGACGCCGCCUCCGCGCCCGCGACGCCGCGGCCUCGCCAGCCGCCGCCGCCCGCGCAGCUCCCCUCCGCGGCCUCGACGCCGCCUUCGCGCCCGCGACGCCGCGGCCUCGCCAGCCGCCGCCGCCCGCGCAACUCCCCUCCGCGGCCUCGCCGCCGCCUCCACGCCCGCGACGCCGCGGCCGCGCCAGCCGCCGCCACUCGCGCCGCUACACGGCCUCGACGCCGCCUCCGCGCCCACAUCACCGCGGCCUCGCCAGCCGCCGCCGCCCGCGCCGCUCCCCUCCGCGGCCUCGACACCGCCUCCGCGCCCACGACGUCGCGGCCUCGUCAGCCGCCGCCGCCCGCGCAGCUCCCCCUCGCGGCCUCGCCGCCGCCUCCGCGCCCGCGUCGCCGCGGCCUCGCCAACCGCCGCCGCCCGCGCUGCCCCCCUCCGCGGCCUCGUCGCCCCCACGCCCGCGUCGCCGCGGCCUCACCAACCGCUGCCGCCUGCGCUGCUCCCCUUCACGGCCGCGACGCCGCCUCCGCAACCGCGUCGCCGCGGCCCCACCAGCCGCCACCCGCGCAGCUCCCCUCCGCCGCCUCAGCACCACCUCUGCGCCUGCGUCCGCCACGGCCUCGCCAGCCGCCGCCACCUCCCGCCGCUUCGCAGCCUCGUAGCCACCUCCGCGCCAACCUCCGCUGCCUGCGCCAUUCCUCCACCUCCCCACCGCUUCCGCACCCGCGCCAUAGCAGCCCCACCAGCUGCCGCCACCUGCGCGCUUUCGUGACCACUGCGGGUCCACCUGCAGCCCUUGCAGCCGACAAAUCCGCCAUUAACUGGUACUCGUUCGUCGGCAGCAUCCGACGAGUCCUCACCAAUGCAUGGAUCCCCCCCUACCGCGUCCUUGACGUCGUCCUCCGCCGCCCCCAUGCCCUCCCCCCCACCGAACCUGACCACCCCAGCAAGACCCCUCCUCUCCCUCCCCCUCCUGGCGACCCUCCCCUUGAGCCCGAGCUCCAGACCGCCGCCGACCAAGCCACCGCAGAUGCAGACUUCAUUAUGCGUCGCCUUGCCUACCUCAUCCGCAAAGCCGAGUACGAUGCAGCAGCUGAUGCCUACGCCCAGGACGUUGCUGGCCGCAAUGCUCACCUCGCCGUCGUCGCCAAAUACAACGACGAUAUGACUACCUUCACUCCUAAGUUCAUCGCCUGGUCAGCCGCUGACAACUGCGCAUGCACUGUCAUCUUCGGUGCUCUCCCCGACUCCCUCAUGCGCCGCUUCCAGGCCCGGGAACUCCGUGCCUCAGUGAUAUGGGCAGAACUCCAUGCUAUGUUCGAACGCCGCGACAUCAGCUCCGUGGGAAUCCUCUUCCAGGAGUAUUUUUCUAUUACCCUCGCCACCUGUGACGGGGCAGUAGACUAUGUCGGCCGCAUGCGAGAGGUAGCUGAUCGCCUUGAAGCCCGCCAAGCCGGUCUCUCCGAACCCCUCCAAAUCCAUCGCCUCCUCUUCAAUCUCACCCCAGACUAUGAAUCCCGCCUUCACGCCUUUACCGAGGCCAAUCCCAUGGCCAAUAUCACUUCUGUUGAACAGUGGAUCAUUGAUACCGAAGUCAAACUUCGCACCCCCAUGGUCAACCUCGCCUCCUCCCACCCUCCCUCCUCCUCUCUCAACACUACCCAGCCCCGCAAGCAGGGCAAACGCAACGGCAAAGGGGGAAGUGGGGGCAAGGGAGGCAGCGGUCAAGAAACCAGCAGCGCCAGCAACCAUGGUGCCUCUACUGGGGAUGAGCACGGCACCCCCAGGGAGUGGUCCGUUGGGGGAACCGACCCUCACUCACCUCUCCCCCCUCCUUCCCCGCCCCCCCCCGGACAUAGCCGUCAGCAUCAGCAGUGCACGUGGCGCUACAAGGCACUUGUCUGGCCUCGUCAGACAGAGGCCCCAUCCGCCCCUUCAUUAUUCUCCCCUCCCCUCCCGCAUCCCCCUCCCUCCCGCAUCCCCCUCCCUCCCGCAUCCCCCUCCCUCCCGCAUCCCCCUCCCUCCCGCAUCCCCCUCCCUCCCGCAUCCCCCUCCCUCCCGCAUCCCCCUCCCUCCCGCAUCCCCCUCCCCUCCCGCAUCCCCCUCCCCUCCCGCAUCCCCCUCCCUCCCCCCCAACAGGACAUAGCGUCAGCAUCAGCAGUGCACGCGGCACUACAAGGCACGUCCCUUGCUUCAUCAGACAGAGGGCCCAUCCGCAUCCAGUUCUCCAAGAACCCCCUUGGAGUUAAGGGGCCGGGCUUCGGGGGAGGGAUGGGGGGAGUGGGGGGAAUGGGCGGAAUGGGGGGAGUGGGGGGAGUGGGGGAAGUGGGCGGAGUGGGGGGCGUUGUGAAGAGUGAGAUCGGCCCAGUGGCGGAGCCCGCACCAGCAGGGACGGACAGAGGAGCAGGGGGAGCAGGGGGGCCGAUUGGGGCAGAGGCGGCAGCAGCAGCGGUGUUGGCAGCAGCGAGUGGGUUGACUUAA